CCGAGUGUUUAAUUAAUUUAUUGGUGUUUUUGAACUGUCGUUUUUCACCCCUGCGGACUGGAGCUCGUCCGGCCGCUACCCGGUAUAACGGGUAGGCGCGAACCGGCUUCCCAGAAGGAGCUUAUCCACAAAGUUCUAGUUCACACCACUCAACUAAGAUUGACCUAGAAAGCCAUGUGCACAGAGGUAAAGGUGUUGGAGAUGCUGGAUUGCAUAGAUUUUUUCCCAGGACACUUCUUGGCGCCGACUUCUGAGAAUGAUUUGCCACGAGAUAGCCCGUAUGAGAUGGAGUGUGACCACGAAUACGAAUCGGAGAAAUGGGAAAACCCGUAUUCAUGCGACUUAUGUAACUUCAGAUGCGGUCGAGAGGUCUGUUUCAAAAGGCACGUUGUUAAUUUUCACAGUAGUUUGAACAAGUGCAAGUACUGCGAAUUGGAGUGUUCGUCAAACGAUGCGCUCAAGGCGCAUAUGUCAAAGUCGCACAAUUGCUACCUGAUGUGCAAGUUGUGCGACUUCACCGCCGAAUCGAGGACGUCACUUCAGAAGCACAUGAGCGUUCACACCGGCAUCAAGAUGUACCCGUGCCCAUAUUGUCAGUAUGCGACAAAGCGUUCGAGCGAUUUGAAACGUCACAUCAGGAAGCACACAGGUGAGAAGCCAUACAUGUGCGAUUUCUGCGAUUAUAGGUCCAGCGACAUCGGACACAUGAAGAACCACAGGAGGCUGCACUGCAGGGUGAUAUACGAUGAACGCCUCGCCAGUGUCGACACGCCAAAGCUCUACUCAUGCGAAGACUGCAGCUACAGUACAAUACGACACAGCGACCUGAAACGCCACAGGCGUAACCAUCAAUAGGACACGGCAAAGCCAAAUCCUCGAUUACUUGCCAUAUGACAAGCUGGUGCAAAGCCAUCAAACCACCUGGUUAAAAAACCAUAAUUUUUUAACAGAUAGUAAUUAAGAACGAAAAUAAUGACAUUUUAUGUUAUUUGACUGUUUUCUUGUUUUGUUUUGUUUUUUAAUUAAUAAUAUUUAAAAAUAUAUUCCUGUGUAAUUUUUUGUUGUUGUUA